GCAAGAGAGCUUCCAAUCAUGAAUAUGUGGGAAAAGAUUAGGGGCCAGAUUAUGCACAGGAUGUAUGAUUAUGCAAACACUUGUGAGAACAAAUGGACUGGCAACAUUUGCCCCAAAAUCGUGGACAAGAUGCGUAAAAAUGAGGACUAUGCUAGUGAUUGUUUUACUUAUCCUUCUGGCCAAAGAGUAUACGAAGUGAAGAGCAAAGAUAACACCUAUGAGGUGAAGAUGAAUGAAAAAACUUGUGAUUGCAGAAGAUGGCAACUAACGGCCAUUCCAUGUUCGCAUGCCAUUUCCUGCAUGAGAAAAGAGAGAAUAAAGCCAGAAACCCAGAUAGCUAGUUUCUAUACAAGAGAAAGGUACAUGAAAGCAUAUGAAAAUACUGUUUGGCCAGUAAGGGAUAAAUCUUUCUGGGAAAAGACACAUGGUAGGGAUGUGGGAGCACCUUUGUAUGAAAAGGAAGCUGGGAGGAAAUCAAACAAAAGGAGAGAGCACCCAUCGGAGAAGGAGGAAGGGACGAGACUUAGCAAGCAUGGUGUGAAGAUGCAUUGCAGCUUUUGUAGGGAUCCUAAUCACAAGAGGCCUUCAUUCCCUGAAUUACAUCCCGAACUCAAGUUGGAACCACAAAGGAGGACAAAUGAUGAUGACAAUGUUGGUGAUCCUUCUGUGGUAGAGAACAUUGUAUCCGAGGAGGGCAAUCCUGAGUUGAUUCCCACACAAUGUAGUAGGACUUUUGUAGUUGAGGUCAUGGAGGAGGAAGUAAGAAUAGUUUUAACUAUUUAUAAGUUGAUCUAUAUAUUUUGUAUGGUUUUAAUGUGACGUAAUCCCUAUGAUCACUCAAGAUAGUAUCAGUUGCUCUACAGAAAUAAGUAAAAUGUUUAAGUGCAAGUAUGUGCAACCUGCUUGUAAUGCAAUUUCAAAUGGUUUCAGAACUAUGUUUUGGAAGCUUUUAGAACUACGUGUUGUCACUGUUUAAAAACUAUGGAAUAAGUGCAAGUAUGUGCAACUUGCUUGUAAUACUUUUUCA